AUCAUGCUGCGCCGCCGCCCAGUGAAACACGCCGAUGAAGAAGAGAAAUAGCUAUCGGUCAAACGAGUUUCUCUCCAAACUGCGCGCCAAAAUCAUCUUUCACUGUGCCGAAGAUUUCGCAACAGAAGCAAAAGAAACACGCCUUGCGACUGCAGAAUAGAAGAACAACCAACUACUGUUGUUGUGUUCUUGAGGAGGAUCUAUUGUUUGCUUCAUUAUUUUGUACCGAUCAUCUGAGCUGAAAUCAUGGAUGUUCAGUUCCCUACGACUUCUCAACUCAAGCCCACGCGACCUAUGCAUGCUGGAGAGUUUCUAGGGAAGGAGGAUGGCAUUAACUAUCUACAAACGGUCAAAGAAGUUUUUCGUGGAAGAGAGGAUAAAUUCUGUGAAUUCAUCGAAGUUCUAAGAGAUUUCAGGGCACAAAAAAUCCCUGGGGCUGAUGUUGUAUUGGAAGCCAAGGAGUUAUUUGAAGGUCAUUGGGACCUAAUUUUGGGUUUAAACGCCUUUCUGCCAGAGGAAGCUCAAAUCGAACUCCCACAUGAGGAAGAAAUAUUUCUGAGAAAAAAUCCAGUGGAAUUUAACGACGCAAUCGAAUUUGUAGAAAAAAUCAAGGCGACGUUUCAAGAUCGUGAUCAUGAUGUGUACACAGCUUCCAUUGACAUUUUAGAUAUGUUCAGAAAGGGCAGAAAGUCUGCAAAGGAGGUUUAUAGUAAGAUCUCAGUUCUUUUCGGGGACCACGUUGAAUUUAUUAUAGAUUUUGCCCAUUUUUUACCUCUUCUUACGGGGACUGCGAGUGUUGAGCUUCCACAGUCUUAUAGGAAUCCUAUCCCAUAUGGGGAAGAUAAAAAUCCCUCCAACUGUGAAAGCCACCAUCCAAGUUAUCAACUUGUGCCUGGUGAUGUUGUGAUCUCAAUACCAAGCCAAAGAACAAAGAUUGGUUAUGAAGUUUUGAACGACAAUUGGGUGUGUGUUGCUUCAGAAAGUGAGGAUUACUCUUCCAAACACAUACCCAAAAAUCAAUACGAAGAAAGCUUGUUUAAAUGUGAGGACGAUAGGUUUGAAUUGGAUAUACUCUUGGAAACGGCCAAGACAGCGGCAAGCCAUGUCGAGAAAUUAAUGAAUGAUAUUGAAAAUAAUAAAAUUAAAUUAGAUUCUACAUUUUGCAUUGGAGAUCAUUUAAAAGUUAAAGAUCUACGGUGCAUUGAGAACUUAUAUGGUGAGUAUGGGCUUGACGUGCUUGAAGGACUUAAGAAGAAUAUUAAAUUGUCGCUACCGAUUAUCUUAAAUCGGUUGAACAAUAAAAUGGCUGAAUGCGAAAAGUCCCGUGCCAAGUUUAAUAAGGUUUGGGAGAAGGUUAACCAUAAAAACUAUCUCAAAUCACUUGAUCAUAAGCAUGAAGAUAUCAAGAAGACUUGAGUCCUAAAAGCAAAUAGGUUUGGAUCAUGGUUCGCCGGCGAAGAAGAAGGCCGCGGUGCGGAGCCGUCGUGAUGUUUGUGGUGCAGCUGGCGGUGUGCGAGGGAGAAAAAGUGUGAAAACUGCAUGAAGAAGGG